AUGGCACCAGCACGACGCAAGAUUCCACCUCAUCAAUCUCCGGCUGCCCCCGAUAGGCGCGCCUCCUUACGCCAAGGCGUCGCACAUGCACAAGGCAAGAAUUUGGAAAGGGACAGUCCGACACCAGUCAGAUCCUCGGUUGCGAUACCCUCCGUAGAGGCCGACGAGAAGGAGGACGAGGACGAAUACGAAGAUGAAGAUGAAGGUGAGGAUGAGGAUGGGGAUGAGGACGAAGUUGAAGACGAAGAUGAGGAGGGCUUUUCCAUCCACAGCGAAGGGGAACAAAGUGGAAAGAAAGAAGGCCAUGACCAGACUCCGCCGCAAACAGAACUAGGCCCCAGGGAGGCCAAAGUCUUCGUCAAGGGAGCGCUUGCAAGUAUGCCCAAAGCCGAACGCAACUCCAUGAUCAACGAGGCCCUCGCAACCUUUACAAGCAUCAAAUCGGCCACGUCACAGUUGGUGCAUGUGGCCUACGACCAGGAGCGAUACAAGAAACAACAGGAAUACCUAGAAAGCCAGCUUGAUGAGGCGUGGGGAGACAAGGAGGGCUAG